AGGUCGCAGCCAGGCCUGGGAACAGCUUUAGAAAAGAAAACACCAGUUCUUAAGAUCACUUACUGCUUUGCCAACUGCACAAAUGUGUCUUUCUUGAAACCAGUUCAACACUGAUCUUCAUGGAAGUAAGUGCACAAAAAUAGCACUGGCCAUCUGCAGCACUCGAGCUCCUGACCACAGCUGGCCAGGCGCCGGGACGAGCUGCCGGCUCGGCAGCAUCUGCUCGCGGGACACAGCCUGCUUCGAGCCCCCUCCUCUCCCAGAGCACACCAGGAAGGUAACACAGCAAAGCCUCCACUCCAAACCCCUGCGAGGGAGCAGCCGCCGGCAGCACGGAGCAGAGCAGAGCAGCCUCCGCUGCAAUCCAGCCAGCGAGUAACACGCUCCGGUACAGCUGCGCUUUUACACUGCUUUACAUGACAAGGCAGUUCUAAGGGGCUUGUUCUGUACGUGUUUCACAGCUGAGGAGAGACCACGCACGCAGCUCCACUCUUCUGUUCAGUUGACAAAUAAGGUGAACAGGAAAUCAUCCACACGUUACACAAACCGCAAACAAAUUACCUGGAAGGCAGGCGAGCAGAGUCCUAACUGCAAACAGACCCAGCAAAGCAAGGCAGCCAAGCACACGGCGGUCAGGCUGAGACAUGGAGCAGCCUCGAGCCAUGCCAGCGACUGCAGAGCCACAGGUCUCCCAGGAAGAGAAGAGGCCCUGUGCCCAAGAAUGGAAAGCUCUCUAGACCCUUAACAAAGAGCACCACAGUAGUUCAAUCAAGAAAGGAACAAAGAUUUUGUAAGAUGUUCAACUCCAGCACAGGCUCCUCAGGCAACAACUGCAGCCACAGCACAGUUAUAACCAAGACAGUCAUUCCCCUGGUCUACUGCCUGAUUUUCGUAGUGGGGCUCUUGCUGAACGGUGUGGCAGCAUGGAUCUUUCUGUACAUAUCCAGCAAAAAGAGUUUCAUUGUGUAUCUCAAGAACAUCGUUGUUGCCGACCUCCUGAUGAGCCUGACGUUUCCUUUCAAAAUCCUGGCUGACUCAGAAGUCGCCCCUCCACAGCUCAACACCUUUGUGUGCAGAUACUCUGCUGUUGUGUUUUACACCAACAUGUACAUCGGGAUAACGUUUUUUGGCCUCAUAGGUUUUGACAGGUACUACAAGAUUGUGAAGCCUUUAUUCACCUCUUUUGUUCAUACGGUUAACUACAGUAAAUUGGUCUCUAUAAGCAUAUGGUUACUGUUAAUGCUCAUAUCACUUCCAAAUAUGAUUUUAACUACUGAAAUCACUAAAGAAAGUCAUUCCAGAAUAUGUAUAGGUCUAAAAAGUGAGCUUGGCAGACAGUGGCACAAGGCGUCGAGUUACAUCUGCACGGGCAUCUUCUGGGUUGUUUUUAUUCUGCUAAUCAUUUUUUACACUUCUAUAUCAAAAAAGAUAUAUAGCUCUUACAAAAAGUUCAGAAGGAACUCAGACGUGGCCAAGAGAAAAACCAGCCGUAACAUAUUCAGUAUCAUGUUUGUAUUUGUCAUUUGCUUUGUGCCCUACCACCUCUGCAGAAUACCGUACACCCUGAGUCAAACCAGCCCGCAGUUCAACUGCCAGUCCAAAAAGUCCCUCUUCUACGCCAAGGAGUUCACUCUCGUGCUGUCUGCUGCAAACGUCUGCCUUGACCCUAUUAUUUAUUUUUUCCUCUGCGUCCCCUUUAAAGAAAAGCUGUAUCAAAAACUACACCUCAAGUUGAAAACGUCAAGUGAGGUUGAAAUUUCUAAAUCCAGAAGAUCGAAUACACUUCGGGAAAGUAUAAACGUGGUGUAGGUUCAGGUCUGUGAAACAGUCCAGAGUUAUGCAUGGAUCCAAGCCUCAAAGAAACGCAACAGAGGACAGGUUUCAGCAUGAAACACCAAGAGCUUUCCCAGAAAAAAAGUCCCCACCGUUAUUUCACGGUGCCAAUGCAUUUGCUACAUUUCAGCUGAUGCUGUGACUGCAGCACAGUGUGACAUGACCUAUCUGUAUCUCAAAAAAAGAGAGGGAUAACUGGAACAACACAUUCUGGAGCUCCAGGCCAUGCUUCUCCAAAGGACUAACCAGCAGACACAAUCAAACAACGGGCUGCCCAGGGAGGUGCUGGAGUCACCGUCCCUGGAGGGGUUUCAGAGCUGGGUGGAUGUUGCACCGAGGGAAAUGGGCUGGUGGUUGAUAGGGCUGGGACAAAGGCUGCACUCCAUGGGCUUAAAGGUCUCUUCCAGCUGAAACAUGUCUAUGUUUCUGUGAUUUGCUGCUGUUUAUCAUGAAGCCAGGCAUGACACACACAGCAAUCCAAGAAGCAGCCUGAAGGGCCUGGGAACAACUGAUUGUUCCCCUCGGCUGGAGCAGCCCCUCAGGAGUGACAGGAGGAAGUUCAGCCCAGGCUCUUCGACUUGGCCUUCACCAGUGUGUAGAAGAGGACUGAGACCCUCAGGGGAAGCUCUCUUGUACAUUUACAAGUCACAAAGCAAAGGGUUGAAGGCGAUGUGCAGCUUAAGGAAGGACUCUAUUCCACAGUUGCGGCCAAAAAAAAAAAGACUUAAACCCCCCCAAAAAUAGAUCAAAUCCUGAAAGAUCUGCACAGAACCUGAAAAACCCUUUGUGUUUAUAUAUAUAGAUAUAUAUGUGUGAUUUCUUAAGGAAAACACUGUAUAAAAUUAAGAAUUAAACAUGAUUGUCACUCUUCAGCACCAAAUAUCAGAGUGUUUCUAUGCAAUGCGACGCUCAGUAUAAGCAAGUGCUCAAAGAGGAUCCUUCUGUAAGCGGAACAGUGGCUACCCUGUACUCCUCAGGACUGAACAGUGGUUACCCUGAACUCCUCAGGUUCCUCAGGACUUCUCUGAAAUCGCCUGCUGUACACCAAAGACACUCACCCCAAACCGACUGAGGUUUUAGCACCUCCCUUGCUGUUGUUGCAGGAGACAAGAAGGAGCCGUUUGAAAACACACACGUACAGUUGUCUAGAAACUCUGGGGUGCAUUUAAAUCCAGCAAGAAGUAUUUGUUCAUUUUCCCAUGCUUUUGGCAAAAUGGUAGAG